UUACNAAAUUAGCCAACCUUUCUGGUGUUCCAAAUCCAAGCCUGUUUACCUCAACAAGACUUCGAAAACAGAUAGCAACUGUUCUGCAAGUCAUGAACGUUAGCGAAACUGAGAUGGAGCAGUUUGCUAAUUUUAUGGGCCACACAAAAAAAACCCAUGAAGAAUACUAUAGGUUACCUCAGGAUCUCUUUCAAACAGCCAAGGUAUCAAAAAUACUUAUUGCUAUUAAUAAAGGCAAAGGUGCCAAAUAUAAAGGAAAAUCGCUCGAUGAGAUUAAUCUUAGUGACAUAGAGUCAGAUGAUUCAGACAAUGAAUUUGAAGAGAAUCCUAAUAUUGAACAUGAGGUAAUGCCACUUAAAGUUAAACAUGGUUUAAACAAUGACUUACCAAGCUGUAGCACAAAACCAAAUCCGGUAAAGAAAAAAAAGCCAUAUAAAAAAAUAGAGAGUGAAGAAGACUCAGAUUCUUGCAGCUCUAGUGAAGGUAUUAAACAUUUUUUUAAAGUUUAGAUUUCUUAGUUGAUAUUUUUUUUAUACAACAUUUGUCCACUUUUGAUUACCAAAUAUGAAACUUUUAUUUUUGAAUUUGCAAGAAUUUGUUCAUGACACAAAAUUUUCCUUAUUGUAAAAGUAAGACUGGCAUUGAAAAACAUUGAAAAAAUAAUAUACAGUGUCCCAUUAGCCCUAACCUAUAAUGAUUAUUUGUAAUUAGAUUUAUCCUGAGACCCAAAAUGAAAUAAUAUUCCAAUAAUACAAUAAUAUAAAGCUUUGCUCUAAUAGGCCAACCUGCAUAUUGUUUUUUCAAUGUUCUUUCAAUGUCGGUCUUUUACAAAAAGCAAAACUUUUUAUCAAGAAUAACUUUCCAAUUGGUAGCCAAAUCUAGGCAGACGCUGUAUAUUUUAUAACAAAAAUGUGUCACCAAUAAACCUAUUCUGUUAAACUAUUUCAUGAAUAAAAAAAUCAAAGUGUUUUUGGCAAACAAGCCAAAAUUCAACUCAC